AUGGAGGUUCCCGUUGAAGAAUUAAAAAAGGAAUUCCAAAUUGGAAUUAUCGGAUUUGGGGAUAUGGGUCGCCUAUAUGCCGAACGAUUCAGUCAAGCUGGGUGGAUUGUUAACGUGUGCGACCGGAAGGAAAAUUUUGAAACAGUAAAGGAGAGAUGCGAAGGAACCAAUAUAAAUGCCCUGCAAGAUGGAUUUGAAGUCUCACGGAAAAGUGACUAUAUUCUAUAUAGUGUCGAAUCUGAGUAUCUCGAUCGUAUCGUUGGCAUGUAUGGACCAGCAACGAAAGUGGGUUCCAUCGUCGGAGGACAGUCAUCUUGCAAAUCUCCGGAAAUUCGAGCUUUUGAGAAGUACCUUCCCAAAGACGUGGAGAUUAUUUCUUGCCAUUCAAUGCACGGCCCGCGAGUAAAUCCCCAAUCUCAGCCAUUAGUAAUAAUUCGCCAUCGUGCAAAGGAUAGAAGCUUCGAAAUUGUGAAAGAAAUCCUUUCUUGUCUCCAAUCUUCAGUUGUUUUUCUAACAGCCGAAGAACAUGAUCGGAUCACUGCAGACACUCAGGCUGUAACUCACGCUGCAUUCCUCGCUAUGGGUAUGGCAUGGCGCGCGAACAAUCAAUAUCCUUGGGAUAUAAAUCGCUGGUGUGGAGGGAUUGAAAAUAUUAAAAUGAACCUAUCUAUGCGAAUAUAUUCUAGUAAAUGGCACGUUUAUGCUGGUCUUGCUAUCCUUAAUCCUGAUGCUAGAAAACAAAUUAAGCAGUACGCGACUUCUGUCACUGAACUUUUUAAGCUCGCCAUAAGUGGGAAGGCACAAGAAUUUGAAAAUAGAGUUCGUAAUGCUGGAAAAUUUGUGUUUGGGGAAGAAAAUAAUGGCGCCUCCAGUGGAUUAUUGUUGAGUGACGAACUUUUGGAUCAAUAUAGUAUAUCGAACGUACCUAAUGACAAGUCUGUCGGUAAUAGCCACUUGAGCAUUCUAGCGAUUGUUGACUCUUGGUGGAAAUUAGGCAUUCAUCCUCAAAAACACAUGAUUUGCUCAACUCCAUUGUUUCGACUUUGGGUUGGUGUAUCAGAAUAUGUAUUCUGUAAUCCCGACCUUUUAACCAGCUGCAUUUACACAGCGACUAAGCACAAUGAGUUCUGUCCUGAUGAUUUGGAGUUUGUACUCUCAGCAAGAUCAUGGUCAGAACAUGUCGAGCAAGGUGAUUUUGAGAAUUACAAAAAGCAAUUUGUUAAAAUCCAGGAUUAUUUCCGACCUAGGUUUGAAGAAGCGACAAAGGUGGGCAAUGCCAUGAUUAAAAAGCUUCUUGAAAACCUAAAGAGAACCGCUUGA